AUGCCAGCCACGCCGCCGCGCCGCCGCUCCACGCCGCCGAGCCAGCUCCCCGUCGCCGCAGUCCUUCCACGCCGCCUCCACGCCGACGGUCAUGCCCCCGGCCGGAGCUGCCCGCCCCGGUGCGUGCCACGCCCCCGCAAGGCCGUCACCUCCCUGCCUGGCCGGCGCUCGCCCCGCCCCCGGACCCCGGCACGAGUGGCAGCGGCGCCCCCGGCUCCCGAGGCCCCCACCCCAGACGCUUGGCUCCCGGCCUCCGUCCCCGCCCCGCCCCCGGCGGCCGCCCCCGACCCGGAGUGCCAGUCCCCUCCUUGA